AUGAAGUUCGCCGCAACCCUCUCAGCGGCGCUACUGGCCGUCUCAACCGCCACCGCCGCGGCGGUGAGCGACAAGCGUGACCUGCUCGGGCUUGGCGGCUCGAACGGCGGACCGGGCCAGUGGGCGUGCGGUCUAUCGCAGGACAACAUCGAUGACCUGAUCAACGGAUACACCCUCCUCCUCACCUCCCCCGGCAGCGCCACCUUCAACGCCACCGCCGCCCGCAUCCUCGCCUCCAACUUCACCGUCUACAGCGACAGCAUCAACAGCCUCGCCUCCCGGCCCCUCGGCCAACCCUCCUUCCCCCCCGGCCGCGACGGCUUCGUCGCCUCCCAAUUCUCCACCCCGCCCAUCCCCGUCCUGACCACCACGGACGUCUACGUCGGCGGCUACUGGAACGGCACGGCCAGCAACCCGUCCGGUGGCGUGCGCGGCGGGAACAGCUGGUACGGCGGCAAUCAGGGCCAGUUGUGCAGUGAUCUCAAGGUCAGCUGGCGCUGGACCGCCAGCGGGAUCGGGAGUAACACGUAUCCCGUCAACGGCAUUGUGGAUUUCGUGCUGGUGCCGGGGAACACGGGCUUGGGGCAGGAUAAGUUGGUGGUGGAGACGGUGUUUGCCGAGUUCAAUACCGCGGCAUGGUUGUUGGACUUGGGCGUGCAGUGUGUGGCGCCCGCGGUGGCGCAAGGGUCGGCGUGA